CGGGCCCAGGAGCCGCCUGGGCGCUGUGGUGCGCGGGGAGCCGGCCUCGCUCCUUCCCUCCCGGGAGCCGCUCUGGGGCUGGCGAUGAAGCUGCCCGAUGGUGGGCAGCCCUAAAUAAAGCCUCGCAGGUGGCGGCCCUUUGCUGUUAGCAGCCGGCGGCAUGCAGGGCAGCGGCCGGAGGGAGGAAGCAGAGGCGUUCCCCGCUGGUCGCUACGAAAGCCUUCGUCUGAGGCUGUGCUUUGACAAAGCCUUCUGGUGGAUUGAGUCUUUUUGGAAUCCUUCUCUGUGAAGCGAGAGUUCCAGGAGUUCUCCUCAAAGGAGGGGCAGUGCUUGCUUUGGGACCGCAUCGUAAUGCUGCGACACUCCAUGCUGCCCCGUCACAUGCAGAGGCUGGGCAGAGACUGGAUUGCCCACUUGAACAGUUCUCAGGUAUUCACUUUGAACGGCCCAGUUUCUACCUGCAUGAGAUGGGCUGGACAUUAUCCUCGGGCCUCGUUUCCUCUUCCUGUUCCAGUUGACUUCUCAGCAAACUGGAGGUUCCCUCCGUUUUUUGGACCUUGGAGGCAAUUUCAGAACUCCUAUUGGCAGCUUGAUAACUUUGCACAAAGUUCUUGUUUCCAUCUACCGAACCCCAGUAUGAAAUCUGAGGGAGAAGAGCCACUGACAAAGAAGAGAAGGCUUAGUGGUCAGCAUGAUACUCCAGCUCCUGAGGAAGAAACAAACUUCGCUAAUCAGAAGGAAGCAUCGUGUCUUUCUGUAGCACAGAACAAAAAAAGUGAUAGCAGCAAGAAAGGAACCAUCAAAAGGCACUGGGAAUAUUUCUGUCAGCACAGUAAAACAAUGAAGAUCUUUGAAAAUAAAGAAAUUGACCAAAGCAAUAGAGAAAGUGAAGCAAAAUUUGAUUUUACAGUCAUGUCCUACAAUAUCCUCUCACAGAAUUUGUUAGAAGAUAACUCCCACCUGUACAAACACUGCAGGCAACGCUUGUUAAUCUGGACAUACAGAUUUCCCAACAUUCUGCAAGAAAUCAAACAGCUGGAUGCGGAUGUACUUUGUUUACAAGAAGUCCAAGAAGACCACUACAGAAAAGAGAUCAAGUCAAGUUUGGAAUCCCUGGGGUAUCACUGUGAGUAUAAAAUGAGGACCGGGAGAAAGCCUGAUGGCUGUGCUAUUUGCUUCAAAACUUCCAAAUUUAGCCUGAUCUCGUCAAACCCCGUAGAGUUUUUUCGCCGUGAUAUUCCACUCUUGGACAGGGACAAUGUGGGACUGGUGUUGCUUUUGCAGCCUAAAUUUCAGUGUAAAACUAAUGCUGCCAUCUGUAUAGCCAACACGCAUCUGUUGUAUAACCCACGGAGAGGGGACAUCAAGCUGACCCAGCUUGCAAUGCUCCUGGCAGAGAUUGCUAGCGUGGCCCCUCAGAAGGACGGUACCUUCUGUCCGAUUAUCAUCUGCGGUGACUUCAAUUCUGUUCCUGGUUCCCCACUGUACAGGUUUAUAAAGGAAGGAAAGUUAAAUUAUGAAGGACUUGCUAUUGGGAAGGUUUCUGGACAAGAACAGUUUCCAAGGGGACAAAGAAUCUUAUCUAUUCCAAUUUGGCCAAAAAAAUUAGGUAUUUCACAGAACUGUGUAUAUGAGAUAAAACAGCAACAAAAAGAAGAAAAUGCAGGAGAAAAAAUGGAAGAAUCAAAGUUGAACGAUACUAAGGAGAUUGUAAGAACAUCUGAAAAGUUGUCUUCAAAAUUGCGGCACCAUUUUAAGUUGUCUUCAGUGUAUUCUCACUACUUCCCUGAAACUGGGAUGCCAGAAGUAACAACCUGUCACUCCCGAAGUGCAGUCACAGUGGAUUAUAUCUUCUAUUCUGCAGCAAAUGAUGAUGAUGCUACCCAGCCAGUUGCUAUCUCAGCCUGGAGACCAAGAGCAGAGGAAACAGAAAAGCAGCAACGUAAGGAGCACCUAGGAAAUACUGGUGUCAGUAACGCAUGCAGGAUCUCAGUGGUAAAAUAGUAAUUUACGAUGUGCAUUUAAGUUUAUUAGUGAACAAUUUCUUAGAAAAUCACUUUUCAGGUAGGUUUGAUGUAAUGUCUGUCAAGCAAAUGACCUCAUGUGCCUUUCCUCUGAGAGCAGACACUGGCAUGUGCCCCUCUCCCGUUGCAGUUGCAGCUAAAACUCACCAGAUGGUGCAAGAAAGACACGGUGCCUCUGCGGGUGUAUUUCUUCAUGGGUAGUAGCAGUAUCAUCCUUAAUUGCUUUUGUGUUCUUACCAUGGAUAUUCCUGAGCAGACUUUCCAUGUGAGGCGUUCCAUGCUAUAAAAAAGAAAAGACUUUCCACGUUAUAGUUAGCUGUGUGUUUUAUGUCAUUGUCAAAGAACCUUGCACAGUGCAGCACUAUCAGAUAAAUUAAUGGCUUUGCAGAACUCAGAGCAAAGAAAGCUGGGUUCUGCUCCUGCUCCCAGUGUAGGUUGCAACUGAUAUUUAUAAAUUAACAAUCAUUUCAAAUACUGAAAUGAAAACGCCACCUUCAUCUCUCACACCCUGAGUCUAGGCUGUUAAAAUUCAUUGAGUCAAUACACAAGUCUCAUUUCUCUUGACAUGUACAACAAAUGCUGUUAGCGUAAAGUAACAAAUACAAAAGCUUUAAAACGCAGAUAUAAAAGUUCUGAAAAGCUGGAUGACAAAUGUCUAAGCUCAGUCUGGAUUGUGUGACUUGAGUGCUGUGUGGUUUCAGUGCAGCACCUUGCAGAACAGAAUCCUAAUUCACAUGCCCAUACAUUUUGUUGCAGCACCAGUGCCCCAGCAGAGCUGUAGCACUUCUUUCUUCCUGCAUGGCUUUUCAAAUAGAUCUUUCACCCCAUGUCAGAGCACAGAAUAGGAGUAAACUUGAGUUCUCAGAGUAAUGUAAAGUAGUGUAGUUCUCAUUCAUUAGUUUUUAGUUUGGAUUUUUCAGUUUUCUGAUGCCUGUCAUUGGAUGUCCAUUGUGGAAAGUUGUCCAAAGUCAGAAGUGACUUAGAUGUGGUCUGAGGCUGGCUGAUCACUUUUUUUUUUACCCCCAUUAAAGGUGUUGGGGGUUUUUCGGCAGAGUUCUGAUGCUGUGCUUUGUGUUAUGCUUAGCUAAGGAUUUUGGACUUGCUGUGAAAGCAGGGUUCAGCACCUACCUGGCUCCUUCGGGAUUUGAUUUUGCUGGUUGCAGAGUGCCCUGAGCUGAAAUUAAUUGCUGCACGUGGACCAAGCUGUCUGUAGUAACAAACUGCUGCUUUAUGGACAUUCGGGUGCUGUGCCAAAUGAUAAACUUGGCUCGAGAGCUGGGAAGACGUGCUCUGGAGCUGCUGAGACAUCUUCGCAGCGAAAAGGCUUUGCUUCAAAGCAGUAGUAAACAGCUGCUGGGCUGUUAAAGGCCUGGAAAGCUGGCAGUUGGCUAAGGAGUGAAGAUGUUGAACUAUCUGAGGAGUUUAACAGUUGCUGGAUAAUCCUUUAAAUACCCCUACUGCUAAGACAGUACCUAAAAAGGUUCAGUCAGAAGGAUCUAAAUUUGCUGUUCAUUUUCACACAGACUUUUUUUUGUCAAAGUUGGAGCUGCUGUUUGUGCUGUACCUGAAAAGCACUUAGCCCUUCAGUAUUUAUUAUCUCUGCGCUCUGAAAGCAGUAGCUAAGGCUGCUGAAUAGUCCUCUUCCUCAAAGAGACAGCUUAAGAAGCUUGAGUUUGUUGACACAUCACUACAGGAUCUUAUUCUGAAUAGAAUUCCUUUACUUGACUCAAAAGCUUAUUAAUUCUUGCUGCUGAUAGCUUUCAGUUUCUUUGAUAACAGAUUUUAAGCAUAUUGUAAUAGUAAUGUGUAAUAAUGACAAGGCUGUCAGUCAUCUUCCCCUCUUCCAUGAACAAUGUGGUGCUUUUGGUAUCUGGGGGGUGUUUUGGUUUGUUAGGGUUUUUUUUGCCAUUAUAGAAAGUAUCAGGAAACACCAGAGAAAGAUCCAUUUCUUAUGAAGAGCAGUUAGGAAGGGAGAUACCAGAAGGCUUUUUUCCUCAGUAAUGAAGCCAUCUGCUGCCUGCUGGAGAACUGUAUGCUUGCGGAUACAGAAAUAAAAUGUUAAUGUGAAACGGUGACUCUCAAAAGAUCCUUCAUUUUGCAAAUGUCAGCACUGUUUAACCAUGCUGUUAGGCUGGAGCCUAAGACUGGAUUGUAUGAGGCUUUUUCAAGGAAGUUACAAUGGACAAAUCAAUCCCUUUCCCUUUCUACCUCCAUUUAUCCUUCUGCAAAAUGAAGGGGCAGUAUCUUUCAGAGUACUUUAGGUCAUAAGUCCUAUUGUAAGGGUACAGUAACAAACUGAAAGAAUUUCCAAAACACCUUACUGGUGAUUUUGCAUGGAACAGUAAUCACUUUCGAUUGUUUUUUGUUGUGUUUUCUUCUUUCUGAAUAUGUAUGAAUGUGGUUUUUAAUAGUUAGUCCACACUGAUGAAUGUU